ACGCCGCGCCGUCUCCCUUUUGACGUCAUCACUGUGUGACUGUUUACAGGGAGCAUGCAGUCGUAGGUAGGUAUCGUCGCAUGGACUCUCCCUGCACCUGUCCUCUAACUCUGGAACAAUGACUAUGGACGUAACCUUCCUCGGAACCGGCUCGGCCUACCCGUCCCCUCACCGCGGCGCCUCGGCUCUGGUGCUGCGGACGGAGGGGGAGUGCUGGCUGUUUGACUGCGGAGAGGGGACCCAGACCCAGCUGAUGAAGAGCCAGCUGAGAGCCGGUCGCAUCACCAAGGUUUUUAUCUCUCACCUGCACGGAGAUCACCUGUUUGGUUUGCCCGGGCUCCUGUGCACAGUGAGUCUCAACACGAACCCUGACUCUGCAGAGAACCUGAGUUGUGUGCACAUCUACGGACCACGGGGCCUCCGGAACUUUCUCAGGGUGUCGCUUGGUCUCACAGGAUCACAGCUGCUCUUCCCAUAUGCAGUACAUGAGUUGGAGCCCACACCUGAUCAGAGUCCAGCAGAGGGAUACCUUAGUCUGGAGAUGACAGCGGAGCACGGCUCUCUGCACCCACAGGAGCGACUGGGCAGGUCGAUCCCACUGGACGUCUCCAAUGACUGUUACCUCCUGUUUGAAGACAAGAAGUUUGUGGUAAAGGCCUUCAGGUUAUUCCACCGCAUCCCUUCCUUUGGUUUUUGUAUUCAGGAGCACGAUCGUCCUGGGAGACUGAAAACAGAAGUACUGAAGGAGUUAGGCGUGAAACCAGGGCCUCUCUACGGGCGUCUCAAAGCUGGAGAGGCUUUAACUUUAGACAAUGGGCGUGUGGUGUUGCCGAGUGAGGUGCUGGAAGAAGCCGUACCAGGGAGGAAAGUGUGCAUCUUGGGGGAUUGCAGCGCUGUCCUUGGGCUGCAGCCUCUCAGGCUCUGCCGCGGGGCGGACAUUCUGGUUCACGAAGCGACGCUGGGGAGGGAGCACCGGGACAAGGCUGUGGAGCAUGGACACAGUACCCCUGACAUGGCGGCAGCGGUAGCCCGGGCCUGCUGUGCACACAGGCUGGUGCUCUACCAUUUCAGUCAGAGGUACAAACCCAGCUCCCUGCUGAAGGAUGGAGAGGAGGAUAGUGUUUCAGAGCUCAGACGACAGGCUGAGGAAGCUCUGCAGGACAGUGGUGUUGAAGUGACUCUGGCCGAAGACUUUCUCACUUUGCCCAUUCCUCUAAGAAGACCAAGGUAACGGUUCGUUUUAAGUGCUACUGAAUCUGGUUAAAACUGGUCUGUUGUUUAAUAUAAAAUGUUUUUAAAGUAGUCACUCUUUACUGUGACAUCUAGUCCAGGAACCACUUAUUUGCUUGUUCUGGCUUCUUUGAUCACAUCACUCUUAAUCAGCACAUAGAUUUCGAGUUGUAACUGUAGAUGUGGUCCCUUUUCAGUUUCCUCUCCACAUUAUGAUGCAGUAGAGAUACUGUGAAAACUCCUACUACUGGGCAUUAUGCGAUGUUUUUCCAAUUUUCAAGUGUCAAGUUAAAAUAUAAGAUAAUUGAUUUUAAUUAGAUGGAAAUAUUUAAUAAUAAUAAAAUUGUAAUCUGUUUUACUUAAAUGAUCACAAUGAAAUGAAUAAUGAUGUGACAGGUUUCAGAUCUUACAGAUGCUGUCGGUCCUGAAACCAUCUUUUUUGAAUGAGCAAAUAUUUUCAACUCUACAGAGUGAUAAAUCAUGAACAUACCAUGCAAUUAUCUCUGAACCUUUUCCAGAGUUUUAUUUCUGGAUCUGUACACAAGGUAUUAAAGUACAACAGAAAAUACAAAAUAAUGUUUAACAAAAGGAAAGAAAACAACUCAAUGCUUAUGUACAAUUCUUAUAAACAAUAAAGAUAGCUUCUUGAACAUUU